AUGGCGGCCACGGCCAUGGUGGCCGGCACGCUCCUCUUCAGCUCCGGCACCACCGCUUCGCCCGUGACGUUUGCGACGCUGCCCAAGUGUACGGAGCUGAAGCCGCCGUCGAUCGAGGGCGUCCGGAUCCUCUCGACGGUCGCGACGCCCUACACCGACCACGUCUACACGGACCCGUCGAGCGGCACCGUCUCGCCGCCGCUCUCGUACUGCGAGGUCAACGUCACCCUCACCCACGACGGCACCGACACGGUGCUCGUCACCACCUGGCUUCCCCUGCACCCGGAUGCGUGGAAUGGAAGGUUCCAGGGUACGGGAGGGGGUGGCUGGAUCGCGGGCAAGUUCGGGACCGUCCUGGCGCCCGCCGUGCAGCGCGGGUACGCCGCAGCCAGCACGGAUGCGGGCGUCGGCUUUGACGAGGACGGCAAGUUCCUCCUCGUCCCGCCGGCACACGACAAGAUCGACCGUACGCUGCUCGAGAACUUCGGCCAUCGCAGCAUCCACGAGAUGACGCUCAUCGGCAAGGCCCUGACGCGCGACUACUACGGACGCAAGCCGAGGUCCUACUUUACCGGCUGCUCGACGGGUGGGCGACAAGCCUACAUGGAAGCCCAGCGCUACCCGGACGACUACGAGGGCGUGAUGGGCAACGCGCCGGCGUUGGACUGGGCAGCGUUCCUCCCGGCCGCGACGGCGCCCGACAACCUGCGCAACCAGCUCGGGUACAAGGGACCCGUGUGCGAGCUGGUCGAGGUGCGCCGCCGCGCCGUCGAGGCCUGCGACGCCCUCGACGGUCUCGUCGACGGCAUCGUGAGCGCCUUUGACCAGUGUCACUUUGACGCGCGCUCCGUCGUCGGGGCCUCGUUCCACUGCACCGAUACGGGCGCCGACAUGCGCAUCUCGGACCAGGCUGCGCAGAUCGCCAACCUCGUCUGGAGCGGCGUCCGCCUCGACGACGGUACCAGGCUGUGGUGGGGCCUCAACCACGAUGCCAACUUGACCGUCGCCAGUGGCCAGGACGAUACCUAUAGCAUCAUUGGCGAUCAGUGGAUCUAUGCCGUCGAGCGCAACCUCACCUUUGACGUGCACGCCCUCCGACCCCCGCAGCUCGCCGCGGUGCAGCGAAAGAGCAUCGACGAGUUCGACGACGUCAUCGGCACCUUUGAUCCGGACCUCUCGCGCUUCCGCCAACGCGGUGGCAAGCUCCUCACCUAUACGGGUUUGGCCGACCUUGCUGUCUCGCCGAAUCUCACCCUGUCCUAUUACCGGGCUGUCGAGGAGCACCAGGGAGGUCGAGGUGGAAAGGGCGCGGCAGGGCUCGACGACUUCUACCGCGUCUUUUUGGCCCAGGGCGUCGAGCACUGCGUGGGCGGGCUGGGCCCGCUGCCCGAUGACCCGCUCUCGGCCCUCGUCGACUGGGUCGAAAAGGGAAGGGCGCCCGAUCGCCUACCCGCCACGACCCAGGACUCGCGCAAGCUCCAGCAGCCGCUGUGCAAGUGGCCCAAGCUGCCGCGCUACGAUGCCCAGGGCCAGGUCGAGUGCAGGGACGACGGCUUUGCGGACAGGUUCAGAGGCCUCGAUGGCCGAUGA